UUUAAAUUCAGUAUUCGCGCGGUAAACUGCGCGGGUGGACGUACGUUUGUCGGUCAUGCGAGAGUCGGCUAGCAGGAUGGCCGAACUCGAAUUCGAGGCGCCGCUUGCCCAAAUCGAAGACGCAGAUGAUUGUCUUUCUACUGCCGACUUUCCGCAGAAAACCAUCAACGGCAAUGACAUACGACUAAACAAUAUUAAGAAUCUCAAAAGUGGAAUUGUCAAAAUGAAAACUGACUCCAACAAAAUAAACGAUAAUGACGAACCCAAACCGGUGAAGUGUAAACAGGAUACUCUGCAAAACGGCGAGGGAGAUAAUUUCACUGAGACUUUCUCUGGCUCUCUGGAAGAUUUAGUUAACACCUUUGACGAGAAAAUAACAAAAUGCUUCGGAAAUUAUGAGGAGAGUGUGGAAAAACUAGCGCCGGUGCAGGUUCGCUCGCAGGAGGAAAUUAUGAACGAGUGCCAGAUGUGGUGGACUAUUACUGGGAAUUUCGGAAACAUCCUGCCGAUAGAUUGGACCAAGUCCUUUUCACGGAAAAUGCACAUUCCAACAUUAAAUCUAAGUGAUAAGAAGAGUACCAUGACGCCGGACGAUGAGAUCCAUAGUUCCGAAGAUGAGGCUGUAGCCUCAGAUCUGGACAUGCACGCGCUUAUCUUGGGCGGCCUGCAUCAGGACCAUGAGUGUCCCGUUAAAACUGCUGAUGAGGUGAUCCAAGAAAUAGAUGAUAUGAUGCAAGAAACUCCGUCAUCUGAGGGAGACAAUAUAAUCGAGUACAACGAAGCUUUGGAGAAGGGGAAAGAAGUUCUCAACUCUCCUCUUUAUGAAGACAAACUACGUCAUCUCUCCCUCGCUCAACUUAAUGAGAUCUUCAUGGAGCUGGAGGUGCUUAUUCGUGAAUUCUCCGAAACUCUAAUAGCCGAGCUGGCCCAUCGGGAUGAGCUGGAAUACGAGAAGGAGCUGAAGAACACGUUCAUAUCACUUCUGCUGGCCGUACAGAACAAGCGGAGACAGUACAACGUGGAGAAGAAGAAGAGGAUUGGCCCACAACGAUUGCCUGCUCCGGGGAUCAACUCGGAAUCCAAGUAUCUCACCACCGUUAUACCGUUCCACCUACACAAUGGACCACCGGAUAACCAGACUCUCCAAGUGCUCAUUAAGAUUCUUAAAGCAAUAAACGAAGACAGCCCCACAGUUCCGACGCUGCUCACUGACUACAUUCUCAAAGUUUUGUGCCCGACUUAAUUAAUGAGUUUAAAAAAUAAUUUUAUUUAAAAUUCUUUUAAGCAGAGUUUUGAUUAUAGUUUUACUUCGUGUAAAAAACACUAGCCGAAUGUUUCAUGAUAUAAAUCAAAUGCCUUAAAUUGUAUAAAAACUUUGAAUUGUGUCGAUUUUAUUUUUCUUAUAUUUUAUAAUUUAUAUAAAUUUUAUCUCAUGGUUUAAAAAUUCGAAUAAUCACGCUGUAGUGCAAACAACUCACAAUAAAAAUGCAAUUUACCACCAAAAUAUUUUUAAGCAUGGCAACCCCAGGUUGAGUUUGAGGCGCUACAUGGCAACACUUCCACAGCUGUCAGUGUAAUGUCAAGCGUUUGAAUGCCAUAUUACACGUUAUUUGGAAUCAUUUUAUAUUUCUACUUUUUUGCAUAAAUGAACUGUGAUAUUGUAUGUUAAUUUAAUUAAUGCUUCCUUUUUAGAAUUUAAUCUAUUUAAGUUGAAUCAUUAUUUAUUAUGUUUCCGUCAUUGAAUUGUACAUAAACAGUAAUGGAAUUGUCAAGUGAAAAUUAAUUAAAAUGGUGCGAAGAGGCUUGUAAAUAAACAGUUUUUGUAGAUAUAGCUAAUUAUGUGUUCUACACCUUUCUCUAAUGCGACACAAAAUGGCCGAAUUCUAUACGAAUACGAAAAGUAAUAAACAACUAGAUGCGGAAAUGUCAAACCUAUUCUGUGUUGUUUAACUGUCAAUAAAAUAUACAAUCUGUGACUCGGAUACGAAUAUCGUUAUACGUUAUUUUAAAGUUCCUGUACAUAAAUUAAUACAAACAUAUAAUUGAUGAUUCCGUAAAAUAGAAGUUAUGGCUAGCGAACCAAUCUUUCUAUAUAUGUGGCAGUGAAGUAGUUAAAACAGACAAUUGAUUAAAUCUCUAGACUUAAUAAUCAGUCGUUGUCGUGACCGCCAAUUGUCUUUACAAUAUUCAACACUCAUUCAGUCAAUCAAUUAAACUUUUUCGAAGGUGCUUGAUUUAAAUCAAAAUGCUAGCGACUUGAUUGAAUAUCGAUCUUUAAUUAACUGUCUAGAGAUUCAAUUAACUCUCUGAUUUUAUUACUUUACUGCGACAUACACACUACUCAACACUUCGUACAGUGAAGGCAACCAAGCCUAAAACUAUGGGUUUUAGCACAAAAGGUUGAUCACUUACUUGCCUAUAAAGAUAUAUGGAAAUCUUAGGGUAAGACUUGAGGUAGGUUUUUAAUUUACUCGUACGCUAAAGGAAAUGUCGUUGUGCCUACUUUAAGAAAAAUUAAAAAAAAAAACUAUCUAUUGCUCUUACAACACGUAUAGGGUUGUAGCUCCCGGAUUAUUCCUAAAUACGUAUAGAAUUUCAGCCAUUUAUUUUUUUAUUAAAUGAUAACGCUAUCUGCUAUUGUAUAAAUUUAAAUAAUCUUAUUAAUAAAGUUUGUGUGUCUGUUUGGCCAGUUUUAUUGUAAGUUUUGAAAGCUGUUAAUAAUUAAAAAAAUAGGUUCUAUGCUUAUAUCUAGUCUCAACAGUUUUUAGUAAUAUUUUUGUUUGUUUCUGUAUUUUGCUAAUACAUGCAUAUGAAUUUAAUUUAAAUAAGUUUAAAUCUAUCAGCAAAGUAUAGAAUAUGAUAUAUUGUAAGUUGUAUGUUUUAAGAAUGUGAACUUUUUCAUUUAAAAACUUUAGGAGAGCUUUGUCGCACACUUGAACUAGUAGCCAACACCAAUUGUUGUCUGUAAUCUAUGGAAUGACCGAAAUAAAUGUCUUAUAUAACGUG